GCACUUUGCUUAGGCCAGCAGCUUAUCCAACGCCAGCCCCAACACCCACCACCUCCCGAAGCUGCCACACUUCCAACAAACCCAGUGGCUAAAGCUAAGCUUUUUGACAAAGAUUGCAGCGUGUUGUAACUGUUUGACUGCAGUGGCAUUUGCUUUAAAACACCUUUCCCUGGGACAGUCAUGACUCGGGUCAGAAACAAGGCUGCACUGACUGGCGUGUUUGCAUUGUGUUGCUUCGUCAUAUUCCUGGUCUUGUUUUCGCAAGAUGUGUUUCGGAAAAUCGUAGAAAACCGCAUCAAAGAGCACACAGAGCUCAAGGUGAACAGCGAGGUGUACAAAAAUUGGAAAGAUCCUCCAGUCCCUGCUUAUCUACAGUUCUACUUCUUCAAUGUGGAAAACAAACAGGAAAUCUUACAGGGAGGGAGAGCCACCGUGAGACAACAAGGGCCGUACACAUACAAGGAGUUCCGACAUCGAGCUAAUGUGUCAUUGUUCAACAAUUCCACAAUAUCAGCCUCAACUCAGAGAAGCUUUAUCUUCGAGCCAACAAUGUCGGUGGGUGAUCCGAGGAAGGACGUGGUCACAACAAUUAACAUCCCGUUUGCUACUCUGUUGCAAAUGUUGAAGCGCAGUGGGAUCACCCAGAAACUCCUUGCGGCUGCGUUAUUUACUUUGAAGAGGAAUGCGCUCUUCCAGAGCCGGACUGUGGAGGAGUGGCUUUGGGGUUAUGAGCAUCCUCUGCUGAAGUUCGGUCAUAGAGUGUUACCAAGCGUUUUCCCAGGCAGCCAGUUUGGACUUUUCUAUGGAAUUAAUGGGACCGACGAUGGAGAAUAUUUAUUCAAUACUGGCAAAGAUGACUAUAUGAAAUUCACUGAAGUAAUGAUGUGGAAUGGACAGGAGUCUCUGAAUUGGUGGGCAUCAAAUUCUUGUAACAUGAUAAACGGAACAGAUGGAGCCAGCUUCCACCCUUUGAUCAAAAAGGACGAGAAGCUUUACAUUUUUGCAUCUGAUGUUUGCAGGUCUUUCUAUCUGAUGUUUGAAAAGGAGGUGGAAGUAGAGGGCAUCAGCGCCUAUCGAUUUGUUCUGCCAAAAGAGGCUUUCGAUAGUGACCAUCCCAGUAACAAGGAGUGUUGUCCAGGAGGGAACUGUCCCUUGUCAGGGGUUCUGAAUAUCAGCACCUGCAAACAAGGAGCACCUAUUUUCAUAUCGUCACCUCAUUUUUACAACGGAGAUCAGCAAUUAGUGAGUGACAUAGGCGGAAUGGAACCUAAUACAGAAGUACAUCAAACAUACCUCGAUAUUGAACCUAUGACUGGUAUCCCUGUCAGAGCAGCAAAGAGAAUGCAGAUCAAUAUUCAUGUGGAGUCCGUGAAGAGCGUUGUCCAAACUAGUCAAAUGCGGACAAUGAUUUUACCAGUCAUCUUUAUGAAUGAGCAUGCUUUAAUUGAUGGCAAAUCAGCAGCAAAACUGAAAGCAGCACUUUAUAAAAUAAAUUUGGUGACUUACAUUCCUCAUAUCUUCUUGUACAUUGGAAUCGUACUUUGCCUGGCUGCUCUUAUCCUCGCCCUUGUUGCGUGGAGACAUAAUGACAAUAAGUUUGCCUGUUAAAAGCAAAGAGCACUUGACUUGAGAUUUCAAAAUCACAUUCUAAGAUUUUACACAAGUAAUUUUAAAUCUUCCGAAUGUUGAGGCACAUUGAAGUGACGGAGGAGAACCCAGGCACAUUCAACCAGAUACUAAAUUCAAGAAUUUAGUGAUGUUUCCAACAUAUGGGACAUAUUACAAUGUAACAGAUAAAAGUGGAAUUUUUGACUGAUCAACUGCGCAAUGAUAGCACCCAUUCAUCAAUAAAUUUUAACUAUGGCCCUUU